AUGCGCGAGAUCGGCUACAGCUUCGGACCCGGCUUCCGAAGCGAGGCCGGCCACAGCCGCAACCGCGCCCUGGUGUCGCUCGGUUACCCGUCCCCGCGCUUUCGGGAGUCGGACUAUUUGCUGUACUCGGCCUGUCUCAACUCGUGGAACCAGGCCGGAUCCGCCUCACUGCUACUGCUACUCGCACUGAUCGACGAACUCUCCAUUUCAGUCCAGGCGUUCCCUCCGUUCCAAAACUCGCCCUUGCGAUCCCACGUGGAUAUCUUCGACGUGGACAACGGACCUCUCGUCUUCUGCCUGAAGGGGCUGCACUACAACGCCCUCGAUCACGCAUCGGAGCCGCAGCUCCAGUGUCGAAAUCGUUCUCCUUCAGGCCUGAUGCCUCCCGACUCUGACUUGAAGCCUGGCCCAACGGCUGACCGGGCAGUCGAGCUGCGCAGAGCGCCAUUCGGAGGUCGUACAGAUUGGCGGGAUGGGAGAUCUGUGGAAGACAUCUGCUUCAACCUCGAACAUGUUGCCCCUUUGCACCGGCGCCGAAUCGUCUUUGUGGUCACCCUCCUCCCGCGGGCCACCACACAGAUCGGCCUUACCCCUACAUGCGUGCCGACCGCACUCAAGUCCAUCGAUGCUGGCACAAGACAAGACACCAACGCCGAUACCUAUGGCAGGCCUGCUGCGUUUUGGACCUGGUUGAAGGCGCACGUCCGUCUACUCCAUGAGAGCGCCGGGGAUAUUAAGGAUUCGUUCUUCGACAGCGCCCCGCCGAGGAAGGAUGAACAGACCCUGGAUCAGGCGGGGAUAACGGCAGGGACACGGGCGAACGGGAAUACGGUUUGA